UCCCCACCCCACGAGUUUCAAAAGGUGGCUCCGUUUUAUUGCCGCUCCCACUUCAUUUAAAAAAAAAGAAAGUAUGGAAAUAUCGUGGUUGGCGGGUUUAGUACUGAAAUCACGGAUGUGAUUGUGAAGGAAGUAAAGAAAGAAGGGCGGCCGUGACGAAUCGGGGCCCGAGUGGGUGCGGGAACAGGGGGAUAUUCCUUUGUUUUAUUCGCCGUGUGGAAGGUGCGGGGCCCGGCGGAGGUUCCGCAGGCAAUUGUUUCCGUUUCCCCCUCCCCACCAUUCACCUUUAGCCUUAGGCCAGCGGGCUUCGUGUUGCCUCCUGAAUCCCAUCGUUGCAGCAGGUUGUUGAGAAAAUAUCGCCGAAUCAUUGCCUGAGAAGGUGGGGAGAGACAAACGGAGCAGGAGCCCUGUGUGUAGAUUAUUUCGGUGCCUCCUUCCUCCUGUCCUGAGGCUGCAGACAGGGAGAGGCUUCCCCGAUCAAUGACUCGGAUCCUCGGCUGAAGUUUACACCCUGAUUCCGUCCCUCUACGUCCACUUGGAUCGAUGAGGCGCAGGAAACCCUUUGCACAACGCAAGAUCGGGUUGUUUAUUAACUGCUUUUUAUCCAUUGCUUGAAUCGGUGUCUUUCAUUGUCGGAUUGAUCAUGUACUGCAACAGAUUUCAUCGUCUGUGAGAAUUCACUCUACAAAGUUUCAUGUUGAACUCUGCAAUCACUGGAAUUAUUUAUUUAUUUAUUUGACUGAGGGCGAGGGUUUUUCUACACACACAUUCUCACAUCCUCGCCAUGAAUAACCUGUCUCUGAGUGAACUCUGCUGCCUGUUCUGCUGCCCUCCCUGCCCAGGUCGGAUUGCCUCCAAGCUGGCCUUUUUGCCCCCUGAGCCUACAUAUGCGCUGCUGGCCGAUGAGGCCGGGGGUCGUUGGAGCCUGCACCUGUCCGAGCGGGCCGACUGGCAGUACUCGCAGCGGGAGAAGGACUCCAUCGAGGCUUUCAUGACCCGGACCAGCCGGGGCAACCGCAUCUCCUGCAUGUUCAUUCGUUGCUCGCCUAGCGCUCGCUUCACCCUUCUCUUUUCGCAUGGCAACGCAGUAGACCUGGGCCAAAUGAGCAGUUUCUACAUCGGCCUGGGCUCCCGCAUCAAUUGCAACGUCUUCUCCUACGAUUACUCGGGCUACGGCGCCAGCUCUGGGAAACCUUCUGAGAAGAACCUCUACGCAGAUGUGGACGCGGCCUGGCAAGCCCUCAGGACCAGGUAUGGGAUUCGUCCAGAGAAUGUGAUCCUGUACGGUCAGAGUAUAGGCACAGUACCUACAGUGGAUCUGGCUGCUCGAUAUGAAUGUGCUGCAGUUGUGCUUCAUUCUCCUUUGAUGUCUGGUAUGCGUGUUGCCUUUCCUGAUACCAAGAAGACAUACUGCUUCGAUGCAUUCCCCAACAUUGACAAGAUUUCGAAAAUAGCCUCUCCAGUGCUGGUCAUCCAUGGGACUGAAGAUGAAGUAAUCGACUUCUCACAUGGGUUGGCAUUGUAUGAGCAAUGUCAAAGGCCGGUAGAACCACUGUGGGUAGAGGGAGCUGGUCACAAUGAUGUGGAACUUUAUGGACAGUAUCUUGAAAGACUGAAGCAGUUUGUUUCUCAAGAACUGACAAAUUCUUAAAUGAAAGUUUAAUAUGCAGGGGCUUUUUUUUUGUUUUGCUUUUUUAAGAAAAACUCAUGAUUGCUUUCCAUUUCUCAUUGUUAAAUCAUAUAUGCAACUGUAGUCUAACUGAGAAAAGCCUUAAAGGGCUUUGCAAAAAUCAAGUACUGCCCUUGGGAUUAUAGAAGUUCGUAAGCAUAAAAAUAGUGAUAAUUGCCAGUAUUUUUACAAAAUAUAUAUAAAACUGGAGCAUGUAGUCAGUUUGUCAAAUUGGGGUGACCCUAAAAGAAAUACAUUUCCCCAUUCUUCUGUUCAGAAAUUUCAAAUUAAUAAUGUAUAAAAUAAUUAUGCACAUUGUUGAUUUGUGUAUAUUGCCAAAUUGAUUUGCAUAUCAAUAAGGACGAGAAUUAGAUUGAAUAGGCCUUCUGGAAUGCAUCUUAAUAAAUCAACUUCAAUUUACAUGUAAAGCAAAAAACUAAUACUGGAAACCUGAAUUUGAGAAACAAAAUGCUGGAAGCUAAUUUCAGCAGGUCUGGCAGAGUCUGUGGUGCAAGAAAAACCAUUGAUGUUUUUGAUUGUAAAUUUUUGUCAGAACCAGUUUUCAGCUUGGGAUAUAAAAUCUUUAAUUAAGGCAUCCACAUGUAAAAUUAAAUCCUUAAACAGGAUUUUAGUAAUAUUUUUUAAAAAUAUACAAUUGAAAUAGUUUAAAUCUGAAGAGGGAUGUUAAUAAAAUCUACACAAUUUUCUUAUGAUCUGAGCCUUUGCAGGAAGGUGGCCAGAUAUUAAUGUUUGAAAGCCAUCGUGCAUGCUGUGGUUUUUCAAUUCAAUAAAAUGACUUGAAUUUCCAACAGGAGACAUAUGUAAUGUAAAUCUUAUGCAAUACAAGUCGUGAGACGUGUAGCUACUGAAUUAUUCAAUAACACUCCAGUUCCGCACUUGACAGUGUAGUAUGAAGUGGGAAGUAUUCUGGGGAAAGGGGAUGCUGGUGGACUUAGGGGCAGUAUCUUGGCUUCAAAGUUGAAAGGACAAGAAGUAUUCAUCCAUUACACAAGGCUGAUAUCACCUAGCAAAUUUGAUGCAAUCAAAUAUUGCAAGCAGCUUUCCGGAUAAAGCUGGUCUUAAAAAUUUCAACGCACGAGGAUUUAUUUCAAGUGUUGAAUUUACUGGGAUGCUAAACUGAAAAAUUGUACAUACAAUUUGUUUUGCACACAAUUUUAACAAAUUUGUGGCCGCUCAGGUUUUGAUUUUGUUUUGCUGAUCAUGUGAAUAAACUCUGGUUUCAGAUUACACAUAAUGUACUAUAUGUAAAUGCAAGGGAGAUACUUGUUUAAACAUAGUUAACAUCUGUGACUUGAAGGAUGUUUUCAUUUUUCUGCAAAAACCUUUCAUAAUGAGGUGGUUUUAUUUUCUCCCCAUCUUUUUGAAGGUAGGAUCAGGCAGACUGGAGAAGGAUGCCAAAUCAUGUAGAAUUGGACACUAAUUAGAGGAUGGUUUUAAUGAAAAGUAACCAACACACUGUAAUACAGCAUUCUUUUCAGGUGUAUUCCCCACAUCCCCUUCCUCCCUUUAGUGUUGCAUAUGUUAAGCUUCCUGAUAAUUGUAGGGCCAUGUGGAGUGAAUACAUUUAAAUGGAGAAUGCAAAGAUUGAUUUUUCUUUUCUUAAAACGAAGAACAGGCUUUAACACUAUGUAACUCAAAGUAGCCUUACAGAAUUGCAACUUUUUAAAAUGUGAACGUGUAAAUGCUUGUAAUUCUUGUAUUUGAAUUUUUAUGCUGAUGUAUAAUCCCAUAUUUCUGUAUAUCAUGACCAAGUGCUAUUUAGCAGUCAGUUGUAUGUUGCCUGUGGAAUAAUUGUACAAGUCCGAUUUAUACAUUCAGUGUCAAAUAAGGAGUGGCAAGCAGGCAUUGCCAGCGUUGAUGCAAUGUGCUUUAUUCUAAUAGUGCUAUAUUCUAAGCUUAGUACUUUAGGAGCCAACUGUUAAACUCUGCUGGGUCACCCAUCUUUAUAGACUAUGAAACAAGAGUUGGUACCUUCCACAAUCUUAAACUUAGCAUCCAUUGCUAUUGUAUCCAUUGUAUUCCUUGACCUAUGCCAAUUCCACUCAUUGCUGGAAAAUAUAGUAUUCAGUCUUUGAACUGUUCUGACAGUGUGUAGAAUUCGGUAUGUUUCUAGUUGCAAAGAAUUAACACCAUCUGCAGUUUUGUGGUGCACAUUAUAUUGUUCUCAUUUACAGACCUUUUGAGUUAAAUCUGACAUUUGUUGAUAACCCAGCUAAAAUAAAUCAAUCUUGCUCAUUUCCAGUAAGUGUUCUGGAAGAAAAGCUCCCAUUUGAAAAUCAAUUCUGGCUGUACAAACCCAGGGCAAACUUAUCUGCCCAAAUGGCAGCCAAAUGUUGCUGCCUGUACACACCUGGAUCUCUGGUGCUGUUAUUCAGCUACCCCAGUUUGUUAAAUUGGAAGAAAAUCUCAUUUGAGCUCAUCUUUGAGGUUGGAAAGACCAAAUCCCAAAUGUCCCACACUGUGUAUCAAUUACGACACUUAUUCUGUCUUUCCAAGUGACUAGGUAUAUGUUGCUGCGUUGUACAGACAUCACUAAGAUAUUAUGAAACCAUUUCAUUUUCACUCAUUUUGGACACUUCGAAAAGAGCAGUUACUGCUGGUGGCUUGUAUGACCCAGACAUCUGAGAAACGGCAGCAGACGUAAAUGGGAUGUUAUUAAAACAGAUGAGUUAUUUAGUGAGCCGGAUAGCUUAAACUGCUGGGAUAGCAGCAGUUGUAGUUACCAGCCUAAAACAGAUAGGUGCCAUAUAUUGAACCACUUUAAAAAUGUGUGAAACCUGUGUUUUAUGUAACCAUUGUUUAAAUGUGAGUUAAAUGCAGUGGCCAGUGGAAAAUUAAGUUCUCUAGUCCUUUUUACUAUACUGACUACUGAGCAAAUCAGAUUUCCUUGUACCUCUUUCUUUUGCUUUUUUUUCUGUUUUACCUGAUGCGGGCAGAUUGGUACUUUUAUUAUUAGAGUUGAAUUAAACUUUGACUUAAAACACA